AUGGUAUGGUUACCUGUGAAAUUAGAUGAACCUGCUUCAAAACUUGAGGAAUUUCCAUAUCAAGCAGUUAUUCGCAUGACUACAAAUGAAAAUGGAGAAGCACAAGGUUCACUUGGAGAGAUUUACAAGAUUCAAGUGGCACUGGAAGCUGAUGGAUCAUUUAGUACAAUUUAUCCAAUGUUGGUCUACAAUAAAGCACGUUCCCGUAAAACCUUUUUACAUCCAGACUCACCUGCUUAUCUACCAGUCCAACGAUUAGUCACAGCGCAAGGAACUAAAGGAGCUGUUGGUGGAUGUAAAGCUUAUUUCUGGGGUCGAUAUUUUAAAAUUGAAGAUAUGUUGUAUAUCAAUACGGAGAAGAUUGCACGGGCUCAAGAGUGGUAG